AUCCUCACGUCCUGAUUUUCAGAUUUUCUACUGUUUCCUCCUCUCUGGAACGGGUUCUUGAUGUGUCUCGCACCUGAGUCUUUUGUCCAGCCACUCGCAAAGAGUUUGUGAUGGCCAAAGACAUCCUAGGGGAGGCGGGUCUUCACUUUGAUGAGCUGAACAAACUGAGGGUUUUGGAUCCAGAGGUGGCCCAGCAAACCACGGAGCUGAAAGAGGAAUGCAGACUAUUUGUAGACAAAAUUGCAGAGUUUAAAAAAAUAGUGGGCAACCUCAUUGAACUUGUAGAUCAGCUAGCAAAAACCACCGAAAACGAGAAGAUUAAGGCAAUCGGGGCCCGCAAUUUACUGAAGUCAAUAGCAAAGCAAAGAGAGGCCCAACAGCAACAACUCCAGGCGUUAAUCACCGAGAAGAAGACGCAGCUGGAAAGGUACCGAGUGGAGUAUCAGACGCUGUGCAAAACAGAAGCGGACCAGAAUGAAUUCAUUGACCAGUUCAUCUUCCAGAAGUAGAGCAAGAGUCAAGGGCAGCCAACAAACCAAGAGCGCUGGAGCCUUUCCCGUUGUUCCCGACAGGCAAUUCAGACAUGCUGUGGAAGCGUCAACCGAGGACCCACCUUGCAAGAUCCCCCUCCAGCCGGGAGAGUUUUCGUCAUCCCCGAGCAACCUGCGCCGUGGUUGGGCUGAUGGAAGACCACGGUUUGCAGGUUCCCUGGGGAGAUCUUUGCGACUGGAUGCACUUCCAAAGGAUAAAGACAGAGGCGCAAAUCUUGCAUUUAAGUCUUUUUUAGCAGCUGUUUUGAGUUUCACUCCCUAGACUGAAUUUCUUACUGAGUUAUGCAGCUACUCCACUUUUUAGAAAAUAAAAAAUGCCAUGCUUUCCAGGAA